AUGUGGAUUGGCUACGUGGCUAUGGUGUUACUUGCCAUGCAGUUUGGUCUACAGCCUAUUCUAUACAAGGAAUUUGCAAGCGAAACGAAGAACCAUUCAGUACUCGUCAUCGCCUGCGAGGUGUGCAAACUGCUAAUGUCGCUGCUAUCGCUUGUGUAUUCGGGUGGAUUGGGCCGUAUUGUCAAGACAUGGAGUCUGUAUGAUAGCCUCAUAGCCUCGGGAUUGCCUGCAUGUACUUACGCCAUACAAAACGUGCUCAUGCAAACGGCCUAUCAGUACCUGCCAUCCAUCGUGUUCAAUCUCAUUAAUCAGACGAAACUCCUGUCGGCUGCGUUGUUCCUCUACUUUCUCAUGGACACACGCUUCUCUCUUCAGCAGUGCUUUGCUAUGCUGCUGCUACUGAGCGCUGCUGUCUUAUUGUCGCUCGCCAAGGACACCGGUACUGACGAUUCAGCCGCCAUCUCCGUGGAGCUCGGUCUUGUACCCGUACUGCUCGCCUCGCUGCUGUCAGGCCUUGGAUCGGCGCUUACUCAACGCUCCAUGCAGCAACACAAACGUGAUUCUGCACUCGUGACCAUGGAGCUGUCAGUGUACGGCAGCUUGUUCCUCAUGAUACCGACCAUUUGGUCCACUAUCGUCAAGACACCCACGUCCGAGUCGCCCACUGACAAUAGUUUGGCCAACUUCGACAGAAUUUUUGAAGGCUGUGACUAUUACACGCUCAUCCCUGUGGUGAGCAAUGCCAUGGGUGGUCUGCUAGUUGGUACAGUCACUAAAUACGUCGGCGGCGUGCUCAAGUCGUUUGCACUGAUCUGUGGAAUCGCCUUUACGGCCUUUGUAGAGAGUUACGUAUAUGGUGCUGUACUACCUGAUAAAGUGUUCAUUGCUGCAGGUCUUGUCGCAACGAGUAUAAUUAUUUACUCUAGCUUCCCUUAUGUGAGCAAGGUAGCCAAGGCCAAGACGGAGUAA